AUGUCUUUAGAGACUCAGAGAGUAGUGGUGAUCCAGGAUGCUUCAAGAGAUGUGAGUAGAAGUCCAAUAAAAAAAAUUCUGAAACAGCUUUCUCUAAAACCUGGAGAUGAGCUCAUAAUUCUUGCUACAUUUGGAAACAACAUCGUCAAGAUGGAUUCAACAUCAUUUAUUGCAACAGAUCAGAAAAUUCUUCAAGAGGAUCUUGGCAAGAUAAAGGAAGAAUAUCACAAGAGACCACAAGUCAAGAAACUUUCUGAGUAUUGUGAAGCAAAAAAUAUUGCAUUCCAGAUAGAAGCGCUUGCAUACCCUUCUCAAGAGGUUACUUGCAAUGCUGUCAAUAAAUUUAGGGCAACAUGCUUGAUACUUGAUAGACAAAUGAACAAAGAUAAGAGGCACUUCAUGGACAAUCUCGCUUGCGGUAUUUAUAGGAUAAGGAAUCGCUAUAGGACUCAGAAGCUAAGAAACCCAAAACUAACAGAGAGCAGCAAAUCAUUUGCUGAAAGAUCAGAUCAUGUGGGAAAUAUGGAAGUGAUCCCAGGAAUCUCAGAGGAACAACUUUCUCAUAAGAGAACUAGAUCAUCAUCAAGUGAGCAUCUCAUGGAAACUGGAGUCUCAAGUCUUCAAAUUUCCAAAGCCUUGAUUUCCAGUCAUUCUCUGAAGUCCCAAGAGGAACAAAAUUUUCCAAAGACUAAACACCAAACAUCGGGGAAACAUUCAGUAUUUUACAUUUCUGAGAGUAAAGAGAUAGGACAAACAGAAGUACCUCAACUUGAGAUGAAAGAGGAGUUUGCAAACCAACUUUGUUCAGUAUGCAAGAACAAAAGACCAGAAGCUGGAUGGAUGAGAGACUUCAGUUACUCUGAGCUUUACAAAGCCACAAAGGGAUUUUCCCAGAAGAAUUUUCUAUCAGAAGGUGGAUUUGGAUCAGUAUAUAAAGGGCAGUUAGAUGGAAUGAAAAUUGCUGUUAAGCAGCACAAAUGUGCUAGCCUUCAAGGGGAGAAGGAGUUUAAGACAGAAGUGAAUCUAUUAAGCAAAGCAAGACAUGAGAAUGUAGUCAUGCUGUUGGGGUCAUGCUCAGAAGGAAACAACAGGCUUCUUGUUUAUGAAUACGUAUGCAAUGGUUCGCUGGAUCAGCAUCUAUCUCGUAAGAUUAAUAGUCUUGAGUUUAGAGUGACCUGUCAUUUGAACAUUGUGGUCAACUUUGUUGACAUGAGGUCAUCAGAACUCAUGACAAGGUUUGUUGUAGUCUUUGAGAGUUUUUCAACUGACUUGAUGAUUAACUUCUGCCAAAUCGAUGCAGAACACUGUCGAGCUCUGCUAAGAUGGGAAGAUAGGAUUAAAGUAGCUAUUGGAUCUGCAAAAGGAUUGCUAUACUUGCAUGAGAAUAAUAUCAUACACAGGGAUAUGAGAACAAAUAAUAUCCUCAUAACGCAUGAUCAUCAACCAUUGCUCGGAGACUUUGGUUUGGCAAGAAGUCAACAUCAAGACUCAAUCCAUUCGACAGAGGUUGUUGGGACUUUAGGAUAUUUGGCUCCAGAAUAUGCAGAAUAUGGCAAAGUGUCAACUAAGACAGAUGUCUACUCAUUUGGGGUAAUCCUAUUGCAGCUAAUCACUGGAAUGAGGACUACAGACCAAAGACUUGAAGGCAGAAGUCUUGUGGGAUGGGCAAGACCACUGUUAAGAGAGAGGAAUUAUCCAGAUCUAAUCGACGAAAGAAUAAUGAAUUCUCAUGAUUUCCAUCAACUAUUCUGGAUGGUUCGAGUUGCAGAGAAAUGUCUAAGCAGGGACCCUCACAAGAGAUUAAACAUGGGUGAGGUGGUUGAUGCUUUAACUCUCAUAGCAGAGGGCAAGAUAUGUGGGAUCAUAAGGAGAGAUUAUUCUUACUCCUAUGUGAGGUCAGAUUCAUUCUACAGCACAUCAGACGCAGGUGAAGAAUCAUCAGAAGAAGAAAUAAUGAAUAAUGCAGAAGAUGAGUUAGAACAUGCAAUUACAGAUUCCAGUAGCAACAUGAGGCAGAUGAUUUCAGGGAUCCCUAACCCUCCAUCUCCUCCUCCAAUGGAUUCCACUUCCUUUAGCAGCUCAAGCACUGUGGGAGUCCACGAUGACCAAUCAACGAUGGACAGCCAAGAGCAGAAUGAAAGGGAUGGAAUAAUUUCAAGGGACAAUAUCGCAGAGAUGGAGGAGAGGAGCAAGGAAGAAUGA